AUGGAUAUGCCUGUGAAUGUCCCCGUGGAUCAUCCCGAAGCGGAUACUGAGUGGAAUGACAUCCUUCGAAAGCACGGAAUCAUACCCGAGAAGCCUCCGUCGCCGACGCCGAUUAUUGAAGAAGCUAUUCUCGAAGCUCAGCGUCGGGCUUACGAAAAUCGACUCGAGGACAAGGAUCUAGACGAGCUCGAUGCUCUCGAGGAUGAAGAGGAUGAGGAUUUCUUAGAGAAAUAUAGGAAAAAACGCAUGGCCGAAAUAUCCACUCUCCAAAAAGCGAGCGUCUACAACCAAGUCUACCCUCUGCAAAAAACGGAUUAUGCAAAAGAAGUCACAGAUGCUUCUGCAGAUGCCUACGUUCUCGUGAACUUGACCUCUUCGACGGGCGGAAACACGGAAUCCCGCGUCCUGAGCGAGAUAUGGAGACAAUUAGCGCCCAAAUAUGGAGAAAUCAAGUUUUGUGAAAUCAGAGGCGACAUGUGUAUAGAAGGAUAUCCGGAUCGCAAUACGCCUACGAUAUUGGUUUAUAAAGAUGGAGAGAUUCGGCGACAAUAUGUGACUUUGAGGGAGCUUAAUGGUGUAAGGACGAAGGUCGAAGACGUUGAAAAGGUUCUUGUGGACUUGGGAGCGAUUAAGGAAGGUGAUUUGCGACUUAGAAAACAAGAUGACUCCGACGACGAGAGGGGUCGGGCUCCUGAAAAGGAAGAUGACGAUGACGAUGAUUGGGAUUGA